UACGAUGAAAAUCAACGUUCGUAAAUUCCCCAAAAUUUUUAAAUCGAAAUGAGCUGAAUGUCGAAACACUGCAUUCUGUAGAUAUAAAUUUAAAGGAGAUAUUUUGUAUUUCUUAGUUUUACGGUAACACGGCCGAUGUUGUUGCUAUGGUGAUGGGAUUUAACAUCGAGGCUAAAGGAAGACAAUCAACCGUCUGUUAAACAACCGGCAACAAACAUUGUAUUUCAUUAUAAAUCAAUUCAGACAUGGAGGAACGCUUUGCCUUUCUGGCUGAGUGGUACGACCCCAGUGCUGCUCUCCUGCGACGAUACCAGCUGCUCUACUACUCUAAAGAUGGCUCAGUGGAGAUGUUUGAUGUGAAGAACCAGCGCACCUUUCUAAGGCGGACCAAGUAUGAUGACCUCCAUCCAGAGGAUCUAUUUGUUGGCAGUCGAGUAAACAUCUUCUCUCGUCAGCUGAACCUCAUAGGUUAUGGGGACCAAUACACAGCCAACAAACUGGGCAGUAAGAAGGAGAGGACUUUGGCUAUGGUUAAGCCGGAUGCAGUAACCAAAGUUGGCGACAUUAUUCAGUUGAUUUAUGAUGCCAACCUUAUUGUCACCAAAGCCAAAAUGACCAAACUUACUUGGAAGCAGGCAGCGGACUUUUACACGGAACAUCAGUCAAAGUCUUUUUUCAAUAAUCUGGUGCAGUUUGUGAGCUCUGGUCCAGUGAUUGCUAUGGAGCUGAUGGGAGAUGAAGCGGUAUCAGUCUGGAGAAAAGUUCUUGGGCCCACUGAUUCUGGUGUUGCUCGAAAAGAUGCAGCUCACAGUCUCAGAGCCCAGUUUGGAACAGACGGCACUAAGAAUGCAGGACAUGGAUCAGACUCAUUGGCAACUGCUGCACGGGAGUUGGAGUUUUUCUUCCCUUCCACUGCAGGUCAUGGCCCCUCCAACACAGCCAAAUACUCAGACUGCACCUGCUGUAUCAUCAAACCACAUGCCAUCUCAGAAGUGUUGACAGGAAAGAUCCUUAAGUCAAUAAUAGAAAAUGGAUUUGAGAUCUCUGCCCUACAAAUGUUUAACAUGGAUCGAGCCAAUGCUGAAGAGUUUUUAGAAGUGUAUAAAGGAGUUGUAGAAGAAUAUACUAAUAUGGUGGAUGAACUUUGUUCUGGACCUUGCAUGGCCCUGGAGAUCCAUGCUACCGAUGCACCCAGAUGCUUCCGUGAGUUCUGUGGACCUGCCGACCCUGAAAUUGCACGCCAUCUUCGGCCCACCACUUUACGAGCUCUCUAUGGCAAAAACAAAGUGCAGAACGGAGUUCACUGCACAGACCUACCAGAGGAUGGGAUUCUGGAGGUCCAGUAUUUCUUUAAGAUUUUAGAUGGAUGAAGAAAAUGUGAGCGACAUUAAUCCAACACUAUUUAAAUAAAGACCACUUUAAA